AUGACAUCCAGGAGUGGUCUUCUGUCCAUUUCAGUGUUCAUCCCCUGCAUUGCUCCUGAGAUGGGCUGUGUAUUAUUAGUGUCCUUCAUUUUUGCCACCUCUCACUCUCCCCCUCAACAAACACACCAAAUUGAUCACAGCCCAUUGUAUUUAAAACCACAGUUUUCAUUUGUGAAUCCCAUUGAGGCCUGCUGUGACUCUAUGGCCUCUGCUUGGCACUCAGGACACGGUGGAAGUGGCUCCUCCCUGGAUCUCAGGUUAGGUUCUCUCUUUGGAUCCCUAUAUGCAACCCACACCAUAAUACCCUACUCCUCCAUAUGUUCUAUACUUAUUUUCCUGUUACCUGGCUCAUGCUGUCUUACUUUUUCCUCUCAGGGCAAAUCUCCCCAGGCAUAA